UGUGAGUCACUUACAACCGGAAGGCCAACCUCUGGCUGUAGCUACCUGGUGCGCCUCUUCUACCUUGACGCUCAGUCAAUCAUGUCUGCUGGCACCUCCAGCAGCCUUACGCAUGGUUCAGGACGUGGCGCAGGCCACAGGCUUCGGUCCAGCCGGAGCAACAGCCAGGGGUCGUCCUAUGAAGAACGUUGUGUGGACCCAGUUGAAGACAGAGCACAAAACCCAGAGCCGAAAGGAGUCCACAAAGCUGACCUGAAGGAUGCUAAUGGCAGACAGUAUGAGACCAUUGGCUUCAUUCCUGGCUCAGCUGAGCCAUCCACUGCAACCCAAACCUGCAAUCCAUGCGCUUCUCCAAGAAGCUGUAGGACUUUUAUAUGUAGCAUACUUACUUGCGGCCUGUACAGGGUCUGCCAGAACUCCAUCCUCGCUCCAUGCCUGGCACCAAAGGAGAGUUCACCAGAUGAACCAGAGAGGUUGAGUCUCCAAGCUAUGAACUCAAGAGACAACAAAGAAGAGUACACUGCAGAAGAACCCUGGUUGGAGGAUCUCCACAUUGCUGGAGUCAAAGUGGACAGCACAAUAGAGUAUUUAGGUGCUAAAACCAAUCCUCCCACUUUGCCAUACGUGCCACCUCCUGGUGUUCAGACACUGCCGAGCCACCAGUCGCUGCAUGAGUCUAUAAGGAUUGAUGACUGGGAGGAUGGGGAGGAGAAUGUGGACUCCCUGAUUACUAAGAAGCUGCUGGAGCUCUACUCUGAAUAUCAGAUUGAAGAACUGGCCCGGUGCACCUCAGACUCGGUGUUCCUGAAAAAGAGCAAGGCCAUCAACCAGCUCAUCAACUCACUGGCUGAGGAACAUAAAAUGGAUGAGCAGGAGGCCGAGUGUCGGCUAGUGCGUGGAAUCAUCCGCAUUAGCACUCGGAAGAGUACUAAGAAGAGGCCGCACAUCUCCAGGAAUGAGAGGACACUGUCGGACAGCGGAAACGAGACGAUGAGGGAGAGCGAGUCCUUUUCAUUGAGCAACAACAAUGACUACAAAUCAAAUCCCAAUAUCCAGAUAUCAGAUUUGACCUCCUCUGAUCAGUGUGCCAGGGAGAUUUGGAGGAACAAUGGAGGUCACACUUCUAGUUCCCCGACAUCAUACUCCACUUCACACACAGAGACAAAUUCUUCAGGUGUCCCGCUGAUCCGCACCUAUGUGAGAACAUGAUUCACUCACCACAUUUUUUUUUAUUUGUCAAACUGUGUCCAAAAGGUGACAUACGGGACCUCGAAAGGAGACCCUACUUGCACACGAGUGCCUGGCUGAGCCAAGCUGUUUGCAGAGACCGUGGCUUUGCUGUGGCAAAAGGAAAAUGUGAAAUUUCACAUUGUCUGAAGGACUUCAGUGAACUCAGGGCUCUGUGUGUAGAUAUUUCUGGUUCAUAAAUGUUAUGUUUGUGUUUGAAGGAUUGCUUAAUGGGGAGCUUGUCCUGCAGGCAGACGUCAUCAGCAGCUCUUAGGUGAUGUAUCAUACAUGUUGUAUAACCGUCCCCUCGUCCUUGAAGGAGUUAGGAUCCUACGAGCUUGCUCUGAUUUUACUCUUAGAUUUAAAGUUUGUCGUUGGUGUUGUUUCUGUUGUUUUGCACAUUUCAAAUGCCUUCAUUAUUGUUGAUUUGAUGAGUAUGUGUUUGCUUUCAGUUUUGUGGCUAUGUCGCAAAUAUUUAGUUAAUGAGUCUACAUAAAGUUCUGAUAGUUUCCGGAAUUUGAAUAAUUUUCUAAGUGAAGCACCUGGUUGGUGUCACUGCAUACUUUCUAUGUAGAGGAAAAGUAGAGUUUUCAUUGUAAUUGUAUUGUGUUUCGUUACGUCCAAUUGGAAAUACAAGUUAAAGGCUGCAAAAAAAGCCUUCAGGUGUUGUUUUUUUAAAUAUUUCAUAUCAUUAGUUAAUAUUCAGACAACAUGGAAUGUGUUUUUUGUUUUUUCAAAUCAGUUUAUUAUUUGUUUCAAAACAUGAAGUUCAUACAAAGCUGAUAACUCUUAAGCUCGUAUCUUAACUGUGUGCUGGAUACAUUUUGAUUGUGACUGUUUUACCGUUUGCUUUCAAUUCUCAAAUAUUAUGUGAGCCAGCGUGAUCUGCAGCUACACUGUAGGUUGUAUCGUGCGCUGUAACUUAUUAGCGAUGUUUAUCUCAAGCUGACUCAUGAAGUGAAGGUGUGUUUUCAUGACAACAAAUGUACUUGCUGUAUUUACCCUCGGGUCCUGACGGGGAUUUUCCCAGCUGAGUCACUCAGUCCAUUUUUUUUUUUUUUGCCCUUUAGCAUUAUCAGUUUAUGGUUACAGUUGUUAAGGAACAUAACUGUAGUAAUUUAAUACAAAUGGUAAACUAGUUCACGUAUUCUGCAAUGUGUCACCCACGAUCUGUUUUACUUACAUGUGUAAAGAAUAAAGUUUUUUUUGUAAUCAUUCUGUAAAAUCUUCCAGAAUACUUGAAGUUUUUGUAGUGCCCAACCCCAGCAUGGUUAGAAUGGAAUGAUGGGAAACUUGUUCUGGUUUGGACCACGAAGACCAAAAUUUAGGUGAAGUAAUGAAUUGCUGACUAUAUCUAUCAAACUAUACUUCUUACUUUACUGAAAGGGUUGAAUUGUUUGGUGAAGCCUUUUGCAUUUUGUUGCUAAUGACACAUUAUAGCUGUAGCUGAUCGAAUGUUUAGGUGUUUCUCUUUGUUUUUCUUUUUUUUUCAGCAGAAAUAUGUUGUAUCAGGAACUAAUCUCUGAUAUCAGAUGUGGCUUUUUUUAAACCAAUAAAGAUUAUGAAGUGGAACAAAAACAGAUGUUUUGUUUGUCACUGAGAGUAUGGCCACAUGAGGGAGUCAGAGCGUGCAUUAUUUUUGACAGUCUUUCCUCUCUUUCUUUUUCUGCUGGAGUUCCUGCAUAAUCCUAGCUAAGAAUAAGAUCAUGUGUUUUCACAUUUGUUGUUUAUUUGUUUAAGUAUAAUAUUGACAUAAGCAGCCAUUGACAGUAAUAAUGGGUUUAUUUUUUGUGAUUUUCGUGACACUUGGAUGAACACUACAUUCAGGAACAGUCUUUGUGGACAAAAAGCAGCUCUCUUAAUAAAUGUAACAUUUUUGUAUUGCUUACAAGAUUCGCUUAUUUCGUAGAAAACAAAAUGUUGUACUCAUAAAUAUACAAUGAUUAGUGUAUAAUUAUGUCUUCCAACAAAUUGUUCACCACCCUCAUAAAAACAGUGGAUGAGACUUAGCAUUUCCAUCUAAUCGCGUUUUAUGUAACUAGACACCAGCCACAUAAGUACUAUGCCAUAAGUUACUUGUAAUUUAAAGAUCACAAAUAACGCUUUAAAACUCUGUAUGACCCUUUAACAUUUGUGCGUGUAUAUUUUCAUCAUCUCUUUCUCUUUAGGUCUUUUUCCUUCCUCAUUUCAACCUCAUCCUCUUAAUCCUUACCUCAAGCCUCAUCUCCAGAACUAAAGUCAGGGCACCAGCACAUGAAAACAUGCAUUAUCCUGAUAUUGGCGCAGGUAAUAAAACUUCUUGCCAACUGAUUAGGCAUGUGACACUCCCAUCUCCAGACAGCUAAUAAAAAGGUUGUCUAAACAAUAACCACAGCUGGUUAUAAGCUAACACUAUGCCACCUAAUGUUAGGCUCGAGUGUCCUAAAAAUCACACUUUCCCUCAAGUUAACAGUUUGAUAACAUUUACACAUAUUAUGAGAGUUCAUUCAUUAAGUGUACAUUAAUGUUAUAUCCACUUCAGAGAAAGUCUCAGUAACGCCAGUGAAUAGCAGCAAAAAUAACAUUGCUUGUAUCGCUGUCAUCAGACAGAAAUGAGCUUCACUGACUCAUCAACUCCUUUUAGAUUCCUUUCAGAAGGUUUUACAGCCUCCACCACAAUAAAUAGGUGUGGACAGUCAGCAUACUGACAGCUGAGGUAAACAGCAGACAGACAGCCUACGCUGACCACAGAUGAACAGCAGUUGUUUCCCCUACACUGUAGCAAGGAUUAUGCACUUACAUUGCGAAGGGUAAGAAGUUAAAAUUCACUUGACUGCAAUCUGCAACCUACUGACAUCUAGCAGUGGUAUUUUACACACUGUAUCUUUAAGUCCUAAGAUCAUGCACAGAUGUUCACUAAUCAUAUCAAAUAAAUCCAAAAGGGAGCAACAUAAAACAGAUCUAACAGAUAUCAGACACAAGAAAAUCAAAGUAGAGAGAAACUAAAAAUAAUAAAAAUUUCAUACAAGAAAUUGACAGGAAAACACAGCUAACUUAUGAAAGGAAGGAGUGAUGUAAGCACAGCUAGGGGAAGGUGAGUACACAUGGUUGCCAAGAGCCCCCUUCUUGGCAACCAGGUAAUUGCUUAGGUAGUGAAAAGACAGAAAACAAAACAAAUAGUGUCUAAUAGGAUAUGUAUGUGCAUUUAACAUUAAAUGUGACAUCUGACUAUGCUAAAAGCUAUGAUUAACGGGAAUAGGCACACCUUAUGUUUUGAAUCUAAUGUGCUGUGGUCCUACUCCCCCAUCUGUAACAUUUCCUCCUCUGUUGUCUUCAAAUAAUGGAUUGCUCCUGAGAUCACAGUCACCUAGCAAUAUGAAGCAAACAACCGGGGAUCAACCUCAUUAGCUGUAUGUCUGGACUUAUGUCUCCAUUAAGGCGAAAUUAUCACUGCCAAGACACCGUUAUGUUGUCUAUGCACCACUUUUUAGCUACCUACUAUACUUUGAAGAUGAGGUGUGCUGUAUGGUGCUUACCUACAGAAAAAAGAAAACCUAUGGAAAACACUGAAACAAGACAAAAUGACAGUAUGCACUGUCGGCUAUGUGCUAUGUUCUUCUAUAUGUAUUGAAAAGCUUCUGAAUAUACAAGAGAAUAUACAAGUCCACAAUUCAUAAAAUUA